CCGUAAGUUGAUAUUAACUGCUUUAGAAGGUUCAAGUGCACGACAAUGUUGUUAAAUCAAAUUUUCGCAGUAUUUCUUUUUUGUGUCUCAAAAUCGAGUACUGGUUUAUUAUUAGACUCAGACUCAAGUAAACUUGAUUCUUCUUCGAUAAUGAACUAUGUUAACGUUCACCCUCGAGGAUCAAUUUAUGUAAGAAAGAGAAGAGAUAACGAUCAAGAUGAUGUUAAGUGGUCAAUCAUCAAUGAGGAAGUGGAUACUGUUGUUCCAUUAGUAUUGCAGCAUUUGAAAAAAAUGCGAGUGGAACAUUUAUUAUUGCCCGAUAUAAUGGAAAAUAUCUCUGUGACGCCCUUAGUCCUUACUUACAACACCGGAAUCUAUUUAACAAACGGCAUUGCCUACAACCUGGCAGGUAUACAUCGACAUGGUCCCGCUUAUAUGACUUAUGAGAACGGAUCGUUUCUGGUGCGAUUCUAUUUGAAUGUGAGAAAUUUACAGUUCGAAUAUGAAUUUUUGCUAAAACUGCUGGCUCUCGAAGGGCAUGGCAAAGUAAUAGGCUCAUUAGAAGAUACUCUUGUCUACAUGGAUCUGGGAAUCGAUGUCAAAAGUCUGAAAAUAGUCGUUUAUGAUUUCCGCGUCGUAAACUUUCGUAAUAUUCAAGUUCAGUUAAAUGAAGCCCGAUUUAUUCGAGAUUUGUCAGGAUUUAUUUUGACGCCAUUAACUAAGCUCUUUAAAGAGAGCAUUACGACAUCUAUAUCUGACAAUUUAAAAGAACAAAUGCAAAUGGUUAUGGACGACUUUAAUAAUGGUGAUCCAUUGGAGCUUCAAAAAUUUGUUAAACAAGUUCUUGGAGGUUUAACAGGCAACCAAAAUCAUACGCAAUAAGUAAACGUAAAUACUUUAUUCUCUAUUUAUAUCCUCGG